AUGGUUUCUGGGCUAAUCAACGCCAAUCCAGUAAUUUAUGAAAAGGAGGAGAGACGAGCUCGAAGUUCUCCGAGUGUUGGCUACGAUAAGUACACUGCUGAGCCUAUUGAUCAACUCGAAGUUUUUGAUAUCCUUUUCACUUUCGUAGACAUAAAGGAUCCAGAGCAUCCUUACUCUUUGGAAGAGCUUAAAGUGAUAACGGAAGAUGCGAUUGAAGUAGAUGACAAUCACAGUAACGUCAGAGUUGCUUCUGCUCCUGGUAAGGUUUUGAUGACUGGCGGUUACCUCAUAUUGGAAAGACCUCAUGCAGGGAUUGUUUUAAGCACAAAUGCACGUUUCUAUGCCAUUGUUAAACCUCUUUAUGAUGAGAUCAAGCCUGAUAGCUGGGCCUGGGCUUGGACUGACGUUAAAUUAGCAUCUCCCCAACUCUCCAGAGAAAGCAUGUAUAAAUUGUCACUGAAGAAUUUAAUGCUUCAAUGUGUCUCUUCAAGGCAAGUUCUUUUUGAAUCGAGGAACCCUUUUGUGGAGCAAGCAGUACAAUAUGUCGUAGCAGCUGCACAUGCUACAUUUGACAAAGAUAAGAAGGAUGCCUUAAACAAGCUACUUUUGCAAGGUCUUGAUAUCACGAUUUUAGGUUGCAAUGACUUCUAUUCGUACAGAAAUCAGAUUGAAGCACGUGGACUCCCUUUGACACCAGAAGCAUUGGCAGCUCUACCUCCUUUCUCGUCAAUUACCUUUAAUGCAGAAGAAGAAAAUGGACAAAAUUGCAAGCCUGAAGUUGCGAAAACUGGAUUGGGUUCAUCUGCAGCAAUGACCACUGCUGUGGUUGCUGCUUUGCUUCAUUACCUUGGAGUGGUUGAUCUUUCAUCCUUGUCUAAAGAUGAGGGAUCUGUAGAUCUUGAUAUGGUGCAUAUAAUUGCUCAAACUGCUCACUGCAUUGCACAAGGGAAAGUUGGAAGUGGUUUUGAUGUCAGCUCUGCAGUCUAUGGCAGUCACCGCUAUGUCCGCUUUUCACCAGAUGUUCUUUCUUCUGCUCAGAAUGCAUCGGAAGGAAAGCCAUUACAGGAAGUCAUGACUACCAUCCUAAAAGGAAACUGGGACCAUGAGAGGACCAAGUUUUCUUUGCCCCCAUUGAUGAACCUUUUGUUAGGAGAACCAGGAACUGGAGGAUCAUCUACGCCAUCAAUGGUAGGUGCUGUGAAAAGGUGGCAGAAAUCUGACCCUGCGAAGGCCCAAGAAACAUGGAAAAAGUUGUCAGAGGCAAAUUCAGCACUUGAACUUCAACUCAAUAUUUUAAGCAAGCUUGCAGAAGAAAAUUGGAAUGCAUAUGAAUGUGUGAUUGACAAUUGCAGCAAGCAAAGGUCAGAGAAGUGGAUAGAGCAAGCCACUGAACCAAGCCAUGAAGCAGUUGUCAAAGCAUUAUUAGGAGCAAGAAGUGCCAUGGUCGAGAUCAGAAAUCAUAUGCGCCAGAUGGGUGAGGCUGCAGGUGUCCCGAUAGAGCCUGAAUCACAGACUCAACUUUUGGAUGCUACUAUGGGUAUGGAAGGAGUUUUGUUGGCUGGAGUUCCCGGAGCAGGUGGGUUCGAUGCAGUCUUUGCUGUUACCUUAGGCGACUCUAGCAGCAAUGUUGCCAAAGCUUGGAGUUCGGUCAAUGUUCUGGCCUUGUUGGUCAGAGAAGACCCUCAUGGUGCUUCUCUAGAAACUGGAGAUCCAAGAACCAAGGAAAUCACAUCGGUUGUUUCUGCAGUUCAUAUUGAGUGA